AUGCAGAUCAACAAGCUGUUCGUUGCCGCCAUCUUUGGUCUUGCGACCACGGUCAUGGCUCAAGAGGGCAAAUGCACCGCCAAGGGAGAGUGCCAGGAGAACGCAAGCGGUGUCAAGUUACUCUGCACCUCUGGCAGCUGUGCCAAUAAGGCAGGACAAGCCUGCACAAGGAAUGGACCCGGAUCUUCGAAUGUUGCAAACUGCCCUAAGUAA